AUGGCUUUGGAUGAUCGUAAUGACCCUUGGAUGUGCAGAGUUUUUCCUACCAGUUUGAUAGGAGCAGCACUAGAGUGGUUCAGGAAUAGACCGCAUAAAUCCAUCCCAAAUUACGUAACUCUAUGCACCAUGUUCCUGGCACAGUAUUGCGGAAAUAAAAAGCAAAAGAAAAGCAUUGCCAGCCUCUUCACCGUAAGGCAGAAAAGGGGGGAAACAUUGCAGGAUUUCUUAUCAAGAUUCAACAUGGAGGCAUCAGAAAUAGCGGAUUGUCAUCCCGCAACUGCUAUAGAGACAUUUAAACUUGCAAUGAUUCAGGGGACGAAGUUCCACACUUCCCUACUCAAGUAUUCUCCUCCCAACAUGCAGACUCUCAAUGCCAGAGCCCAGAUCUACAUUCGGCUUGAGGAAAAUAUAGCCCACCAAGCGCAACACGCUACCCUCGCACCUGAAAAAAGGCAAAGGGUAGAGGAAGGGUUUACACCUCUCCGAACUACCUUGGCUCGGCUCUUCCAAGAGAAUAAGACGAAGUUCACAAUUCCGCAGCCAAUAAAGCAACCCCUGGAACAAAGGGACAAAAGCAAGCAUUGCGCUCAUCAUCGAGAUUAUGGGCAUUCAACCAACGAUUGCCGAUCCCUCAGGCGACAAGUGGAGAAUAUGAUCGCCAGAGGUGAGUUGACGGAUUACCUCAUGACAAAGGAGCAUGCAAAGCCCCGCGAGGUCUAUCCUCGCAAGGUAGAAGGUACGCAAGUAAAAGUCAUCCAUGCAAUACAUGGUAGGUCUGAAGAUGAUCAGGAGUCCGAGAAGGUGUACAGGUCCAGAUUGAGGGCGACCCACAAACUCAGGAAGAUAUCCUUGGUCAAUGCUAUCAAUUAUGGUAGCAUUAAUAUUGGAUUCAGAGAUGGCGACCUAUCCAGAGUGCAACUCCCCCACGAGGAUCCAUUGGUCAUUAGUCUUUUAGUGGCCAAUUGUAUGAUCAGGAGGGUUUUGGUAGAUUCAAGAAGUAGCGCUAACAUAAUCACAAAGACGGUCUUUGAUCAGUUAAGAGAUCAUGUCAUCAUCUAUUCGACCUACCUCUAG